GUAAAGAACUUUCAUCCAGCCAUGUACUGCCAGCGCCUUGCUCUCCCACUCACCCGCUCCCUCCUCGCCUCGAGAGCCCCACUCGCUCUCCGCAUGGAGAACGCCGUCGCUGCCCGCAUGAUCAGCACCACCGUCGCCCGCAAGGACAUCGACUCUGCUGCCAAGUACAUCGGAGCUGGAGCCGCCACCGUUGGAGUCGCUGGAUCUGGAGCCGGUAUCGGAAACGUCUUCGGAGCCCUCGUCAUCGGAUACGCCCGUAACCCAUCCCUCAAGCAACAGCUCUUCUCGUACGCCAUCCUUGGAUUCGCUCUCUCCGAGGCCAUGGGACUGUUCUGCUUGACUAUGGGUUUCAUGAUCUUGUUCGCUCUCUAAAUGUUCUGUUUUAUAGCCGAUUUUUGUUUUUUUUUGUGUGUGUGGGGGGAGAAGUCCUCUCCAACGUCUAAAUUCUUCAUAAAAACAAAGAACGUAGGCUGCGGUGUCGGAUCUUCAAACUCAGUAAUCUAUUAGUU